UUGAGUGGCGCAGGCAACCGACGUACACAAGGGGCUUGCGGGGCUUGAGCCGGCUGUGGAGGGAGUGAGAGGUCGGGCCAUGAACUUGGGUGAUGGUUUAAAGCUUGAGACUGAAUUGUUGGAUGGAAAAACCAAGCUAAUAUUAUCUCCAUCUGAACGUAAAUCAAAAAUUUCUGUGAAGAUGGGAAAUAAGACCAAGAUUGCAAAAUGUCCUUUGAGAACUAAACAAAAUGGACACAUUCUAAAGUCAACACAAAAUACUUGUAUCAAGAGUGAAAAACUUUUGCAAAAGAAGAGAAUUGGUUCAGAAACAUCACUGGCAAAAGGUGAAAAAGAUAGUAUGACUUUUUCACCCACUAAGGAUUUAUGCAAGCAGUAUGCAGAUAAAGACUGUCUUCAUAUCCAUAUUCAGAAAGAGACUUCACUUGCAGCCCCUAAUAUACAGAAUUCUAGAAACGCCAUAAAUACAACAGUAGUAACUACACAGAAGCCUUGCAAAAAACAUAUAGCUGAAAAUAUGAAGAGCAAUUUGGUAUGUCUAACACAAGACCAACUACAACAGAUUUUGAUGACUGUAAACCAAGAAAAUAGAUCAAGUUCCCUGACUGAGAAUGGAAAGAAGGAAGAAACAAGUCAAUACAGUCUACAUUUGAACAAUAUUCCUGAUCAAUCAAAGGAUGAAAAUAUCUUGGGACUACUCCAAAAAAUUGAAGCUAUUUCAUCUGACCAGAGUGAAAAUAAAGCUGUUUUAAAUAAAAAUGAAGAGAUAUGUAAGCACUAUGAGCAGAAAAUUGCCACAGAGAAUGUAUGGAAACCAGCGGACAUAUUCAGUACUCUUGGGGAAAGAGAACGUGAUAGAAGUUUGUUGGAAGCAAAAAAAGCCCAGUGGAAGAAAGAGCUUGAUGAACAGGUUGCUUUAAAGAAGAAAGAAAAAGAAGCUUCUGAAAAAUGGAAUAAUGCCUGGAAAAAACCUGAAAGUGAUAAAAUAGUAUGGGAAAAGCUACACAUUUUUGACCAAUCUAAGACUUCUGCUAGCUCCUCCAGCAUUCUGUCACAGUCUCCCCUUCAGGUAACACUGAUCCAGGCUGAUGGGCAUUCGUUGCCUAGUGUUGGUCAUAUUUUAGAGGAAGCAGCACCACUGGAGCACCCUUUCAGUGCUGUGAAACAAGAGCAGCAGAGAAAAUGGAUUGAAGAGUUAAACAAGCAAAUAGAAGAUGACCGGCAAAGAAAAGUAGAGGAAAAAAUUAUAUUGUCUAAGGGUGAGGAACAUGACAGAUGGGCAAUGCAUUUUGAUUCAUUAAAGAACUAUCCUGAUUCUCAGUCUCAAAUGUCCUCUCGGUCAACACACAAACAACCAGAGUACUUCUGUGUCUCUCCAGACACUCAGGAGCUGGCUGAUAUUAGCAGUGUUUAUACUCCUACAACGGCAAGCCAAGUUGAACCUUCAGAGGAGGAGUAUAUAGAAAAACCUGUUAGGGAUGUGGUUAUGACAAAUAGUCAAAAAACAAGCUUUCUCCGUUCUAUGACUGCUCUCUUGGACCCAGCUCAGCUUGAGGAGAGAGACAGACGGCGGCAAAAACAGUUAGAACAUCAGAAAGCCAUCACUGCUCAGGUAGAAGAGAAGCGCAGGAAGAAGCAGCUGGAAGAAGAACAAAGAAAGAAAGAUGAGCAAGAAGAGGAACAUCGCUUAGCACGGGAACGAGAAGAGAUGCAGAAACAGUAUGAAGAAGAUAUACUUAAGCAAAAACAAAAGGAAGAAAUUAUGACUCUCAAAACAAAUGAGCUGUUCCAGACAAUGCAGAAAGCGCAGGAGCUGGCACAGAGACUGAAACAGGAACAGAGAAUUCGAGAACUCUCUCAAAAGGGACAUGACACAUCUAGAUUGAUGAAAAAUCUUGGCGGCUUGGAUGAAAUCAGUGGUAAAAUCAAUUCUACGACCUCGCCCAAGAAGGAUACUGGUGUGCAAACAGAUGAUUUAAAUAUAGGAAUAUUCACCAAUGCAGAAUCACACUGUGGAUCAUUACUACAGAAGGACAUUAUAUAUUGUUCAUCUCCAGAAAUACCUGCAGAUUUUAAUGAACAGCUUAAUGCAAAAAAAACCAAGCAAGAGCUAAUAAGUCAAGAUAAAGGAGCCAACUUAGAAAAAGAGAAUAGUUGGUAUAAUGACCAGUAUUAUGAUCCGUUCACAAGAACAGAGAAACAAAUGAAACAUAUGAAGAAAUGUUCUAAACGACCUGAAUGGAAUAUAAACAAACCACUCAAAAGGUAUAUUCCAGCAUCAGAAAAGUACCCCAAACAGCUGCAAAAGGAGAGAGAAGAAAAAAAAGUAAGGCGGCAAAUGGAACUGCUUCAUUUGUUAGAAAGAAACAAUCCCGGACACCUCUCUCAAAAUAGAGGCACUUCACCAGAAGUUCUUCACUUACCUCAAGACAGUGAGUCAAAGUUCAGGUGGCAACUAGUAAAAAAGGAAGAAGAGGCUGUGAAUACCAAUUCGUUCAGCAAGGAAAGGCCCCAGUCACCACCACUUCCAGCAGUGAAAAACAGAAUACAACAAACUCAGAAAAACUGUUGUGAAGGAGAGAAUCUAAUUUCAGGAGACAGUCAAACAGAAUUAUCUGGGCUUUCUGAAUCAUCCCAUUUUAUUCCCUAUGUCCGAACCAAUGAGAUCUAUUACCUUGAUCCAGAUGCACCAUUGUCUAGGCCUUCAUCCCAGGAUCUUCAGUACCAAAAUCCACAUGACUGUGACCACGAAAGACAGCUAUUUGACCAUGUCAGAGACCCGCUACUUAAUCCCAACUUGGUGAAAAACAGAGAUCGACAGCAAGCAAUCCUUAGAGGGCUAUCAGAAUUGAGACAGGGCCUUCUCCAGAAGCAGAGAGAGUUGGAAACUAACCUCAUGCCUUUAGCUGCAAAUCAAGAGGAGAAUUUUAGUCCUUCAUUUUCAAUGUAGAAUAUCAAAUCGUUCACAUUUGUCUUCCAAAUUAUAAAGUGUGCUUGUUGCUUAACUUUAUAUUUCAGACAGGCUAGAUUUAUUAUUCAAAACUUGUACAUUAUGUAGUAAAACUUUUUUUUUUUUUUUUUGUAUAUUUAUAAUAAAUCACUUUUGUAAAGGCUUAGUUGAAAAAACACAUUCUACUUACUUACCUUUCAGUCUGGACUUUUUGCCCUGUUAACAGACAACAUUCUUUCACUUUUUAUGAAGCUUAUAAAUUAAAAUACAUAAUGUUCUUUUGUUCCAUAAAAACAUUUGAAAGGGUAGAACUCUUCCAGGUCCCUUUUAAGCGCCACAAGUCUAACUUUAUUUACACAUCCCAACUUGUAACCCAUAGGCUUAUGUGAAAAUUCCUAUUCUCUAACUUUAGCACAGUUUUCGUUUACAAGUCAGUUAUCUGAAUGUUCUGUGAAUUUUGUUUUAGUACAUAACACAUUGACAUUUAAGUGCUUACGACCGUCACAAAUACUUUGUCCCAAGUUGUCAAAAAUCUCUUAAAAUAUCAAAGUGAAUUUGGUUCAGUCAGAAAUCAUAAUUAUCAAAUGCUUUCAAAUAAAAGGUUGACCAAAAUUUCAGCAACAGGUAAUUUUUACAUGGUUAAUGCUAAGAGGAUAAAAAAUAAUGCUGCUUGGCAUUACGGUCUAUAUACAUUUAUCAUCUAAAUGAAACAGCACUGUUAGGUAACUCUUGAGGUACCAAACAUUGCUGUCUUAUACCUGUAUAAAAACACUACAAAAGUGUAAAUCAAAAAUACAAUAGUUGAUAGUCAUUUCAGCAAAAGUAGUUACUACCCAACAUAGGAAAGAAAAAAGCCAUUGCUAUGUAUUACCCUUUUGCAAAUAUCUAGACCUAUAUCUAAAAAACAGGCUUCCGUCUGCAGCCUAAGUGCAGGUGGCAUAUAAAUGUAGAACUUCAAAGUGCCAACAUGAGAUAAUUCAAGUACAAUAUAUGUUAAAAAUAUAUAUAUAUUUAUUUCAAUUUUCAGAUGCUUCAACUGUUACAGGCUAUCAUGAUUUAAAUAAAGAG